UAUCAUACAACUAGUAGCUAUAAUUUAUUGUUGGUUAUAUCCAGUUAAUUAUUUAAUUGUAUCACUGGCUAGUUUUCAUAUUGUAAUUGUCGUUUCACAAUUGAUAAUAUAUUUGAUGACAUUUCCUGAUAAGUCAUGGAUAAGAUUUUGGAACAGUCUCUCUACAUCCCUGUGCCGACCAUUUGGCAAUCCUGAGACACCAAUUGAAAAUGCAUCAGCCGUACCGCUACUAUGUGUCGGUAUAUUUGAUUUACAAUAUAAUAACCGGACAGCCAAUGAAACAGUUGCCGACUUGUUGUCCAUAAUAAUUGGUGUAAUUAUGUUAUUACAGUAUUUCAUGGGUAUGUUUACCCAAAGCAUUGAUCUCUGUUGUUGUAUAUCAUGUGGAAUUUUUCUACUUAUACCGUUACAAUUGUCGGCAAUGAUAAUAAGCUAUGCUAAUAUGUCAAAUAAUAAAAACAUAUUGGCAUUGGGUAUUAUACAAACAAUUAGUAUCAUAUUUGAGCUAUUGAUAGCUUUGACAACUAUUGGCGAUACCGGUUGGGGUAGGUUUUAUUGGUUUGUCCGCAAUAUAGUGGUCAGACCAUUUGGCGUACACAGCUAUAAUGGCAAUCAGUAUACACCUAUUAUUUAA